AUGCUCCUUGCUGGUAUUGCUGCUUUACUCAUCGUUCUUCUUGACUCGAAAGGAACUACAACAACCACGACAUCCACAACAUCAACAUCAGCAACAACAACGACAACAACGACAACAACGACAACAACAUCGACAACGACAACUACCACGACAACAUCAACAACAUCAACGUCAACAACAUCAACAUCAACAACGACAACUACCACGACAACAUCAACAACAUCAACAUCAACAACAUCAACAUCAACAACAUCAACAUCAACAACAUCAACAUCAACAACCACAACAUCAGCGACGACAACAACAGCCACCACGACAACUACUGUCACUCCAGCACCUCCAUGUACACCUGUCAAUGUCGGUUCUGCCAGCACUCUUAUAUCAACAACAUUAUUCACCAGCCCCUAUUACACUUGUUAUUGUUAUCAAUGGACAGCGCCUACUACAGGCAUGGUCACACUUAAUAUUCUACUACGUAAUGAUCCAGCUUACUCGUAUCUUGAUGAUGUGUCAAUUUACCAUGGCAAUACUCAAAUGUUGGUCAAUGGAGGCUUUGAAACAGGCAUUCUGUCACCAUGGUCGGUAUCGUUUCCUUAUGGAACCUGUCAAAGCGGAGAUUUUCACGGUAUAGUCUGUAGUUCAGCUCCCCAUAGUGGUAGCUAUUCCUAUUGUGAUGGUUGUUACUCAACUAAAGAUAAACUUAGUCAAUCGUUUAUGGCUGUAGCCGGAGACGUUUAUAUCGUCAGCUUUUGGCUACAAACAGGAUCAACUGCUAAUUCAGGAAUAUCGGCUACUGUCACCAUCACGUAA